AAUUUAAUAUAUAACGCACCACACAAUAUAGAAACAGUUCAUAUUCGUCUUCUGCUAGGGUUUCAUAUUCCUCCUUCAUUCCCUUCCCAAUCCCACUCGAAAAUCUUCUUCUCCGUCUCAAUGAAGCCAGGUUUCAUCUGAUUCCGUUUCACCUUCGCGUUCUCUUUAUUCACAGUAAUCUCUUUUCCCUAAUUCGUUUACCAAUUAUAAUGAAUCCAAUCUUCAUUGUUCAAAACCUUCGCGUCUUCGGUCCCGGCUUGAAUCCCUUUGCACCUUAUUGUUUGGCCAAUCACUCCCGCCAGUCUCGUUAAUUCUCUUCGUACUGUAACCUAUACGCUUCUGUUUUGAAAACCCUUUCUGUCGGAUUUGAUUUCUUCCCGAAAAUCAUGUAAAUUCGGAGUCUUUUUCUAAUUCUGCGUUUUUUUAGGGUUUUAGUUCGAACUGUGGUAACUCGGUUAAGUAUAUUAAUCUGAUUGUAUAAGAAUCAAAAUCACGUUGGAAAACUAGGGUUUUGGUGUUUUUUUCUUUGUUUUUCUAUUUGUAUUGUUUUGAUUAUCAUAAUUGCUGUGGCUGCGUUGAUUGCCGAGAGAGACAUGCUUGAAGAGCGGCCGAUUUCGUUGAGACAAAGUCCUUCGAGAAGGAGGUUGUUGAGGCCGGGGGUUGACACUGAUGAUCGGGGUUGGACCUCACUUCAUGUUUAUGCGCGGAAAGGUGAUAUCAAACUGGUGAAAAAGCUUCUCAACCAAGGAAUGGAUGUUAAUGUGACUGCAUGGGGCCCUAAAUCUAAAGGCGUGACCCCUCUCCACCUUGCUGCCGAAGGUGGUCACCUCGGAGUGAUGGAUGAACUGCUUGAGCGUGGUGCCAAUAUUGAUGCUAGAACUAAGGGUGCUUGUGGCUGGACACCGCUCCACAUUGCAGCAAAAGAGAGGAAUAGGGAUGCUGUGAAAUUCUUGGUAGAGAAUGGAGCAUUCUUGCCUCCAGAUAUGAAUGAUAGCAGAUUUAAUCCUCCCCUUCAUUACUGCCCAGGACUUGAAUGGGCCUAUGAGGAAAUGAAGCGACUCCGUCAGGAAGAAUAUUCUCAGGGGGAGACAUCUUGCAGCUCUGAAGGUUAAUUUGCUUUCUAGUGAUUCGGUUGAUGUUUGAUUCACCCCUAUGAAUAAAUGUAGAACUGAUAUAAACAUCUUUAUUAUGCAUGAGUUGCAUUAAGUAUGGGGGAUGUGUUACUAUUUUAGUGUAAGACUGUCUGUGUUGUCUUCUAUUCAUCAUGUCUGCACACUAUAUGCUUUGUUAUUAGCUGUGGAAGUAUCAUUAUUAUGAAGUGUUAUCUUGCUUAGAACAAUGUUACAGUCUUUCAAUGUUAAGGCAUGUUUGGUUUUGAGAAA